CCCUUCCAGUACCCGGGCACCGACACCGUGCCCGAGGAGGAGCGAGUCUACACGGCUGCGGGGGAUGAGAUCACCGAGGGAGAGGAGCCCGUGGCGCUGACUCAGCCUGCCCAGCCCCAGGAGGAUGAGGAGGGGCAGCAGCAGGAGGAAGAGGAGUCAAACUCGGAUGACGACAAUGACACGUGCGAGGAGUGGCAGCGGCACGCGGCGCUGCACGAGGACGUGACGCAGCAGGAGCGGCUGCGCGAGCGCCUCUUCGAGGAGGAGAUCGAGCUCAAGUGGGAGAAGGGCGGCUCCGGCCUCGUGUUCUACACGGAUGCCCAGUUCUGGCAGGAGCAGGACGGAGACUUUGACGAGCAGACAGCCGACGACUGGGAUGUGGACAUGAGCAUCUAUUAUGACAAAGAUGGAGGGGACAAGGAUGCCCGGGACUCGGUGCAGAUGUGGCUGGAGCAGCGGCUCCGGGCCGGGCUGGAGGAUGGCUCUGUGUCAGGGCAGCACAUCGGCACCUUCGAGAGGCACACCAAGGGCUUUGGCAGGAAGGUCCUGGAGCAGCAGGGCUGGACAGAGGGGCUGGGCCUGGGCAGCAGCAACUCUGGCAUGGCUGAAGCUCUGGACAACGAGGGUCAGAACCCCCGGUGCAAGAGGGGGCUGGGAUACCAUGGGGAGAAGCUGCCAACCUUUGUGAGGAGGAAGAAGCCCCGUGGUGACAGCUCUGUUGUCAUCUCCACCAUCUACGAUGAGCCUGAGCCCCAGGACAUGGGUGACCAGCUGCUGAGGCGCCAGCCCCUCACGGCCAUGAAGUACAGACAGGACAUGGCCUUUGUCCGAGCGUCCCAGCCCGCCCUGGGCAGCCUCAGGGCCCAGCCACGCUGAGCAGGGACUGUCACAGCCUUUGUCCUGCUCCCCAGGCCAGGCUGGCUCCUGGCCUGAGUGUAAGCAGGGUGGUUUUGUAUUUAUUUUUAGUAAAAAUAGAGAUUUGUAAUUAAAAUCA